UUCCCUUCUUUCUUUCUUUCUUUUUCUUCUCUUCACUUCGGCUCCAAAGAGUUAAAACCGAAAGAGAGAAAUCGAGUGAGAGAAACCAACAUACAAACCCCUCUUUACAAUUUAUUAAAGCCAGAUUCAUACCUAAAUCGAUCGAAAAUCUCCUUUGUAGAUGAAAUUUUUCUGAAACAUCUUUGUAGAUGAAUAAGCAUGUUACAACUCAGAUCUAUUCUCCUUAUUCUUCUGAUUCCAUACCCUAAAUUGACCAAAACUUGUUUUAAGCAUGUUACCAGAAAUGAAUACUCGUUUUUACUGAGUUUGAAUAACAAAAUAUCAGAAGAAGAUUGAGGUACACACACCUACAAGAUUCAGAUUGAGUCUGGGAUACCGGUUGUGAGCUGAGAGAGGGGUUAAUAUAAAGGUUGGAUUUUUAUUACAGUAUGGAUACUCGCGAUCCGAGGAGGACACUGAGGGGUCAUGCUAAGGAGACUAAGAGAAAGAAAAGUGCCUUACAAAUAGACCUUAAUGAUACACCUCCUGCUGAAAUUAAGGCAGCUGCUGCUUUGGUUGAGUGUAUCCAACAAGGAGGAGGAAGAUCAGGGAUUCUGCUGCAACCACUAGCACCACCACCCUUGACAAUUGAUCUUGAAGCUAUUGAUGAUGAAGUUGUCAUUUCAUCUCCAAGGAGCUUUGCUGAAGCCAGAAGAAACAAGGCAAGAAGGAACCUGGAAAUUUUAAUUACUGCCGAGAGACCAGCAACCCCACCCCCACCCCGUGAUAGGGUCUUGAUGUUACCGUUGACUCCCGUCUCGAUGAGAUUAGCAUCUCGUCAUGUGUCGGUUUUACAAGUCCAAUGCCAACUGAAAACAUCUCAUUUUGAAGAAAAAGUGUGCUGUGAAGCCUGUGGUAACGCCCCAGGAUGCGCCCCCAUAUCACUGCCAAAUGAGGCCGCAUUUAGUUGUCCGGUUUGCAUGAGUUCACUUGUGGAGCCGACAUCAACAAAGUGGGGCCACAUUUUCUGCAAGCACAUGGAUUGUCGCAGAAUUUCAAUACACCGAGCAUUUAUAUCAACAAAAAUCAAUGAAUACUAACUUCUAAGCUAAUAUUUUCAGGCCAGUGCACUUCUACAAAAGAAACUCGAUAAUGCUAAAGCAAGCAUAGAGGUCCUUAUUGCUGAUUUACAAUUCUUAAGGGACCAGGUGACGAUAACACAGGUCACUAUCACUCUGUUGUAGAACUGGGAUGUUUACCAGCGCAGGAUUAAACAGGUUACUGCUACUGUUGUCAGAGACUCUCGAAGUUUUCUAUCGCUUAACCUUUACAUAGUUACCCUAGUCAGAGGUCUGGUAUGAUUGCACACUGAGAACUUUUUACACUAACUUUAUUUUUCUAUCAUAAUCAAAGUUGUCUUGCGUAAAUGGAAGGAACUACAUAUGGGAGUUUAGAGGACCCAAACUCAGAUUCAACAAGAUUUCCGUCUUAAGUAUCAUUAUUGGUCUUCCAGUUAGUUCCCCCUCUUAUUAUCCCUAGUCAAAUUCGAUUUCAUAUUCUAUGAAGCAUUUUAUUGAAAAAGUUAAGGCCAAAGAAAAAUAUCAAGUAGAUGCAAUCCUGAAAAUUUUGGUGGGUGCAGAGCCGGGGUAUUUUUUUUCUAGCAUCUUAAUUGGCGUAAAAGCUAAGCCUUUGAAGCAACCCAAGGCACAACAUAAAGAAGAUGAUGAGACUGACUUGGAAAACCUUCAGAAGAAGAAAAGGGAAACUUUAUGUUAGGUGGUGCUGGACAAAAGAAAAGUGGAAAGAUCGGAACAAGAUGCCUCAGCAAAGGUGGCAUUAUAAGGAAAUCAAGAAGACAAAGUUGGAUAAGCAUAAUGAUUUGAGUGAAAAAGUUGUAGGUAAUUUCUUAAAUUCUUGUAGAAAAUGUAUCCACUGCAUAGGCAUGAUGAAGUCCGGUGACAUUGAAUGAACAAGAAACCCAAAAUAUGCUCAACUUUGAUCCCAAAUUAUGGAGACAGACCUGUUAUUCAUAGUUUAUUUUGUUAAAAUUCAGUCUCUUACAUCUGUAAUUGUAUUGAGUGAUUGUAUGGCUGGAUUCAUAUGUGAUAAUAGAAUUGAUUGAAUAAUGGUUUCAUAUUUGAUUGGGAAUGGAGUGGCUAGAUACCUAUAUCUGGUGCAGGAAACCAAAUGUACAGG